GUUAUGCCGAAAGCUGUGUCAACGAAGGUGAAAUAGUAAACGUGCUCACCAUCAAAAAUAUGAUGUGUUAUACAUGCAUGUGCAAAAACGGAUUCGUUGAGUGCGUCAAAGACCAGUGCCCCGACGAACAGGGAUGCUAUAUGCUACAAGAUGUUUUCGUUGACACGAAAGAAUGCUGCAGACGUUGCAAAGGCUGYGUUCAUAAAGGUGUGCCCAGGGACAGUGGCACGGAAUGGACUGAUCCCAACGACCCUUGCAUGGUUAUGUCGUGUAAAGCCGGCGUGGUCACGGAGACUCGGAUGCAGUGCAUUACGCCCUGCCAACAGCCGUUGCCGCCCAAACCGGGAACUUGCUGCCCAACUUGUCCGGGUUGCCGAGUUAUCGGACAAGAGGUGGCCGCUUGGAAGAACAUCAGCCUGUACGACGACCCGUGUCUGACCUGUCACUGCGAGAGAUCCGCGGCYGGACCGGUGCUCACCUGUUCAAAAAAGGCGUGCCCUGUGCUCCAGUGUCCGUCGAGCAGCAUGCAGAUACUGCCGGGUGAAUGCUGCCCCAGAUGUGUGGGAAAGAGUAGAAAACUUAUGGAACCACCUAGAGGAGCUUGUCUGUUGGGUGACAAGAUCACACCGUCGGGCCAGGGGACGCAUCCGGAUCGGUGCACCGAAUGCAUGUGUACCAACUCGACGGUAGUAUGCAAGCGGGAGACUUGUCCGCCACUGGACUGUCCCGUGGAGAAACAGACAUUCGCUUCGCACAACCAGUGCUGUCCGCAGUGUCCGAGGACCAUAGACAAGAGCGAAACGUGCAUAGAAAACGGCAACAUUUACUUGAAUGGAGAUGGCUGGAAAGUGGACGAGUGCAAGUCAUGUUUAUGCGUCCGUGGCCAAGUGCAGUGUGCCCAAGAGUUGUGUCCACGCAUCUCGACGUCGUGCCCGGUCAACAUGAAACUGCGAACGGUUCCUGGUUCGUGUUGUCCCCGCUGCGUACCGAUGGACGGAGUUUGCACGGUGUUUGGUGAUCCACAUUACAGGACAUACGACGGGAAAUUCUUUAGUUUCCAAGGACCGUGUAAAUAUCUGUUGAGUGCAGAUUGCGUGGGCCGGACUUUCAGCAUUCGAGUGACGAACGACGCGAGGAACACGAAAAAUUCAGCGUGGACAAAAACUAUUUCUUUGAGGACUGGAGGUUUGAAAGUAAACCUUGGCGAGAAUAAGCGGAUCAAGAUCAACGGACAGAGAGUGUCCGUGCCGUACAAGAGGAGCAACGAGCUCACCAUAUCUAACAUGAACGAUACCGUAUUGGUUGAGACCAGGAUUGGUGUUUCUAUAAUUUGGGACGGACGAGGAUUUUUGGAAGUGUCUGUGCCGUCGAGGUACAAAGGCAGUUUGUGCGGACUAUGUGGAAAUUUCAACUCUGUGCCUAGAGACGACAUGACUACUAAGGACGGCCAAGUAGUGUUGGAGCCACAAGUGUUUGGAUCAUCCUGGCGUGUAGGUGGUAAGAACGCGUGCAGCCGGCCAUUGAAACCCGCGUUUGUGCAGCAUACGACACAGUGUUCCAAGAAGGGGCCCCGAAUUCGAGAACGAAUGUGCAAGCCGCUUCGACAACGAAUGUUUGCCGCAUGCCACAAAAAGCUCAAUCCCGUCAACUUUUUCAGAUCUUGUCUGAUGGAUAUGUGCGAGUGUCCCAACGGCCGGAAGUGUUAUUGCGAGGCGAUGACAGCAUACGCGCACAACUGUCGCCGCCUUGGUGUGUCGCUGCCGGACUGGAGGACCAUGACCGGAUGCCACACAUACUGACCCGCGUCCUCACAUCCAUCCCGUGCAGUAGACUCCGCUUGUUUGUUGUUGCUAGUCAUUGUUUUUUUACACCUUCAACUUUGCGGUGGUCGCCGCGCGUUUACCUGACCGACGGGUCGAAAUGAUCGUGACAGACCGUUUCCACGUUACCGUCGACCGACUCAACAGUAUUUUACUUGAACAGCCGAAUUUUAUUUUAACGCAAAUUUGUUAUAUACAAUUAAAAAAAAAAAAUUAAUAGG